AUGUCGACUGGUGAAGCACUCCCUACAAGAGUCCUUGCGGGCGUUACUGUGCCGGAUACCCCUCUCAUAACCAAGGCGAUAGAGUUUGCCCGAGAGUACUCGUCCGAUGAUACAUUCAACCACAUCAUCCGCUCGUUCCUCUUCGGAUUCAUCAUUGCGGAUAAAGUUAUUGGCGAUCGUGAUCGAGAAGCCCAUGCAGUUGCGGCACUACUACACGAUCUGGGUUUUCCCAUAGGCCACCCACCGCAUUCUGAGCUCAUCAGCUCAGACAAGCGAUUCGAGGUUGACGGUGCUAACGCUGCCCGCAAUUUCCUCAAGAGGGAAGCUGCACACUGGGACAAGCACCGACUGCAGCUGGUCUGGGAUGCCAUCGCAUUACACACAAUUGGCACCAUAGUCUUUGAGAAAGAGCCGGAGGUUCAGGCAACGAGUUAUGGCAUAUGGGCCGAUUUCCAGGGACCUGACCGAAUUCAGGGAAACCCAAUGUCAUGGGACGAGUACAAUGCCGUUGUCAAGGAAUAUCCAAGGUUAGGUCUCAUGAAAGGGUUGAAGGCAAAUAUGCUUCAUCUCUGCAAAACUAAGCCUCAAACCACCUACGACAGCACCGUUGGUGAGUGGGGAGACAGAUAUCUGUCGCCCGAAGAGUACAGCAGGAAAGGGAAACUGACACAAGAUCUUCUGGAAACAUGCGACCUCGAUGACUUAUAA